AAAAUCAAGGAAAAGCAAGUCAAACUAACCAACUAACUUUACCUGCCGACCCAGCUGAUCAUCUGGUUCUACUAUAGAUUUGCUUUUUUGAGAACUUGAAAAGGGAUUGGAUAUUUCCUCUGCUCGAUCUCUUCGUGUGUCUCUGAAAGAGAGGAAAAAAGAAGUGAAGGAAGGAUGGCCAGGGCAGGAGGGAUCAUAAACGCGGUGAACGUCGGGAUAGCAGUGCAAGCAGAUUGGGAGAACCGAGAGUUCAUCUCUCACAUUUCCCUCAAUGUUCGACGCCUCUUCGAUUUCCUUGUACAAUUUGAGGCUACAACGAAGAGCAAGUUGGCAUCAUUGAAUGAGAAGCUUCACACGCUGGAGCGUCGUCUUGAACUGCUUGAAGUCCAAGUGGAUACUGCAUCAUCCAAUCCCUCUCUCUUCGCUACAUAAUGUUUAUCGGAUCAUGUUGUUGUUGCAGCUGCUGCUGCAAUACGGCUUCUCUGUAGACUAGCCUUAUCUUGUGUUGUAACACUCUUUGAGACUAAUUUUCUCGAGUUUUUUCAUGCUUCUAUAUCAUGAUCAAUGUGUGAGGUAGUUAGAAAUUAUAUUCUUUGGCUGUAGCCACUUUGAGUACAUAAAUACGCUUUAAAUACAGAAUGCUAUCUUUAGGAUCUUCAAGCCACCUUUAGAAUCUUUGAAUGGUGCAGAUGUUUGUUUAUAGUA